AUGUUUAUACUCGUCAAUUUACCCUUUUUACUGACUUGUGUAUUUCAAAUACUCAUAGUCAAUAAACGGUUUAACAACAAUGAGAAAGAAUUUUAUUCUAAGGAUUGGUCUGAGUUUAUCAAGGCUUAUAUUUAUGGCAACGUUAAAUUACCAGUAACAGACGGCGCAAUGUCAGGCUUCCCAGAUGCUUGGCGUCGAUUUCAGUCAGAAAAAAGAGAGGCGACACAUAGACCGUCACUCCUGUUCUUUGACCCUCCUGGUUUGGAUGGCUCUUAUAUGAGCUGCGACUCUAAUAACAAGGCAAAAGAGAUCUUCGUACAUACUUCGUCGCAUAGUCUCAGCUUUUGUCCACUUUUUGGAGCAUCUGGCUGUGGAAAGACUCGAACAGUUAUGGACACACUCUCGCAAAACUGGGGAUUUUAUUUUAAUGCUGGUCGAGAUGAUCGCGGACCAGAUGAUGUCUGGUCUUUGAUUACUUCUGUCAAUCUUGGGGCUGGUGUUAACUUAUCGGUAAACACUAAUAUUGCUAUGUCGACCACUACCUGCCUGCUCCUUGUUCGUGUGUCUAUCCUGUUAUGUUGUUUGAGUUUGUCCGAAGGACACUUCAAGGCACUUGUACGAUAUUUGGAAAAACAAAGUUCCUCAAGCUCUGCAUCAAAGCUGAGAGGCCACUUUAAUGAUCAAGCAAUCGAGAUGCUAUAUGCCUGGUCCUGUGGUCGUCUCCGUCCAAUGAUCACUAUAAUAGAAAACCUCAUUGGGCGUGCCGAUGCUGGCCUUGGGAAGCAAGAAAUCAAGGGCCUGGUGUCGUCGCUCACUGAUCCAGGAUAUAAAGAAUCUGGAAUUAAAAGCAGUGUCGAGAUUAGGAAAAUCUUCAGUCGAGCCGUAAAGAAUGGAUUACUCUAUGGUAAAGACCUGAUAUUGGAGUACAAAGAGCCUGUUCCGGUCGAGGCUUCGUUUGUUCGAAUUGUCGUUAAUCAAAGGAAGAAGGAGUUUACAACUAUCGUUGAGCCAAUUGCAUUUAUAGCAGCGAUUAACUUGUUUGAAAUGGAUGACCCUGAAUUGGUUAAAUUGGUUAAUAGUGUGUUGUUAGACGCCCCUACGUCUGGCACAAAGGGCACACAUUUUGAGUAUUUCAGUCCCGCUUUGUUAAUUCCAAUCUUCCAGAACUAUAACAAUGAACGAAUUCUUGGAUACUCACUCUUGUUGAACUUCCUUGAAAGCGCAAGGGAGUCCCUCGAGAAGUCAGAGUUGACUCGAGUUAUGGAGGAUGAGGGAGAAGGAAGCAAGCGCAAAGAACUACAGGCAAGGAGGACAUCAAAGAGAAUUGUCGAUAAAGCUCAAGCUAUGGAGAAUAAGGAAGAGUUGAGCAAACCCAGCGGAUGA